CGCCGCGGACGCGUGGCACAGGCUCUCCACGUCCAGGCCGCCGAAAAUCCGGGAGCUCACCUCGGGAGGGAGGGCGGACACGAAGUCCCCCUGUCCUCCUCCUCCUCCCGGUCCUCCUCCUGCAGCGCUGUCUCGGCCGCCGGCGCUCUCCGCGUCCAUCCCCGCGGCCCCGGGGCGGGGCGGCGUCACCGCGGCCGCUGUCGCGAAAAAACUCAAGAGGCUGAUGCAGAAGAAGCACCAACUGUUCAUGCUGUUGAGAUGUCCUGUAUUCCAUUGUUAAUGGAACCGUCACAUUCCAGCUCUGAGGUACAGGGAGCUGCAAAAAUGAGAAAUUAUGAUGCUGCCUCUAGACAUCUGGUUCCUCUUUCUGACGAUAAUGACAGUGAACAGUCAAAAUCUAUUCAAAGAAAGAGAGUGCUUCCAUCUUGGAUGCUGGAAGGAGAUCUCCUGGUGCAGAGGGUGUCUGAGCCCGUAAUGACAGCAGCUUUGCUGUUCAUUAGGUGCGUUAAUAACAGCUGCUGUGCUAUUUUCUCUUCGUCAGAUUAUAAGAAUACAUCUGGAUUUCCUCUUGAGAAUACCACGAGAGAUAUGGAAGGAAAUGGCGAGACUGGAACAAAAAACCCCGGAAGUUCUCUGGAAAAAAAUUAUAGGCAGCUGCAUAGCAAAUGUUCUAGAAGAGUAGGUCAGACCUCCAGUAAAGACAAUAGAAUUGAGAAAACAGAAAACAAAGAGCAGAGUACUGGUUCUACAAGCCAACAAGCUCACUGGGGCGGGACUUCCCAAUAUUGUGGUGCCCAGGAAGGGAUUCUUGAGCCUGAUGAAAGUAUGGAUUGCGAGACUGAGAUUUCUGAUUCAACCAGAAGUGCAGAUGCUUCAGAAAGCUCCAAAAAGAUCCAGCAUAAGAGGACACCUUGCAUGUAUGGAAGUGCCUGUUACAGGAAGAACCCACAGCACAAGCUGGAAUACAAGCACACUGCACCUCCAGGAACUGAAAGAGGAACCCGACAACGAACUUCAAGAAAUGGAAAAAGGGCUGUGGAGAAAGACAGUGCCAAUGAUGGUGAAGCCAAUGAGUAUGACCUCAAUGACAGCUUUAUAGAUGAUGAGGAAGAGGAGUGCGAACCUACUGAUGAGGACUCAGACUGGGAACCAAGUUCAGAAGAAAAGGACAAUGAGGAUGUUGAAACACUUGUGCAAGAUGCAGGUAGAUUUCUUAAGACCAAAAAAUAGCUGGUUGGAACGAUGCUAUGAGUGUCCAACGUGGUUCUGUUAAGACGUUGUUGGACAGAGGAGAGGAAUUGUUUGAAAACUUUUUCUCAGUGAUGUAGGAGUUACAGGAAGAUUUUAGUGGGGUCGGGGGAUUCAGCAAUGCCUUUUUGUCCAUAUGUAUUAUUUUGGGGGUGGUGGGGUGCUUUUUUUGUUAAGUGGUGGACCCACUAGGAUAGAGCUCUGAAAAUUUUGGUUGUUUUUUCUUUCUUUUCCUCAUCUAUUUGUUUUACAAUGCCCUUGGUGUCUCUUAUUUUGAAAUACAAUUUUAAAGGUUGUUAAAACUUCAUCUCCCUGUGCUUGAAAGAAAUACUGGCAUUAGGAAAGCCUAAACCAUUUCUUAAUGUUCCUUUGAGUUAGUGCAGUUUUAAACUUCAUUAUUCUGCUUGCAGUUUUCCUUUUAGGUAUCAUUUUGUUGGUUGUCUUAAGGUACAGUAAUUAAAUACAAAUUGUCUAAAUCCCUUCAGAACAGUAUCUCAAGUGUAUUGAACCACUUGGUUGGCUCAACAACAGUUAUGGUGUAUUUGCUCCGAUUACAACAGUACUUCUUUCCAUGCCCGUAUAUCACUGGAAUUGUGUUCAGUUCUCAGCAAAGCUGAAGUCUUGAUGACUGACUGUAUUUUUGCACAAAUAAACUUGUAAC